AUGGUACGCCUGCUGAGGAGCUGCUUGCCUUCAAACAACAGAGUAUGCUUGUCCACUGUGAUCGAAAGCUUGAUUCCGCCUGAAAUCGAUUUGGGUUUUUCGCUUGUGGUCAAGUUUGAUGCAGAUUUGGAUCCAACCAAAGAAGGGUUGUUGUUCUUGGGAUCAGCUCUUUCUUCAUUGAACAAAUGUGUCAGCAGAUUGUGUGCACGAACAUAUGAUAUGGGCAGGAACAGCCUUAAACCAUACUUUCAUUCAGCUUAUGUUUUGUUCUCAGUGUAGGUUUAGCUAUAGGAGUGUUAAACCUCGCAAUCUUUGUUCCCCAGGCAACCUCUUAAAUUCAUUUUCUUGUCUAAUGUCUCACAAGCCCGUAGUUAGUUGGUGUCUGAACAUGGUUUUUGGUUUGAACAGAUUAUAGUGAUGCUAUGAACAUUUCCCUUCAGUUAGUUAGCCUCCAGUUUUCCUAAUCGUUCAGACUUUAACUUUUGCAGUGAUCUCUUCCGGUUUUGCUUUGAAGCUAGACUCUGCAUAAAGCCGUCUAUAAGGUAAAAUUCUCUGUCUAUGUUAAAAGUUUCCUGUUCUGUUUAUGUUUUUUCCGAAUUUUUCUCUUUGAGAAUGGAUUCGAGCUUGAAGAAACACAUAAGAUCAGUUCUCCACUCAGUGAGAUGUCUUUCAACUGGUUUUGUUUUUGUUUCAACAACAAAAUUACUCUGUUAACAAGAUUUCAGAGCCUUUUGUUUUUUUUUUUUGGUUUUUAUCAAACCCAAGAGAUUAGAUAGACAUUCCUCUAAUGUUCUAUCAAUUCUUGUUCUUGUUUCGGGAUAUUGUUUUGGUUUUGUUUUGAUGUUUUUGUUUUUCAAUUCAAACCCAAAAAAGAUCAUAUAUGCAGACACUAAUCUAAUAGUGUUCUGUGAGAUUCUUAUUUGGGAACAUUGUCCCGCUGCCUCUAAAAGACAACGUAAACCAUCACCUUAGCAAGAUUAUUAACUGGACCGAUAAUAUGGGUUGGUAGUGCAUGUCUAAGGAAGGAUGUUAGGGGAUGGCAAAUAAGACCAAACGGCUUAAAAGUCUUCAGACAAAAGACUACAAAUGGGAAAUAGAUCCUUAACUUUUCUACACCCACGGCUUAAGAAAAUCUGUGUUCAAUUAUUUGGAUGGAAAUAACGACCAAAUGCUUGAUGUAAUGUAGUUAAACCAACGACUUAACAAAGUCUCAAGACAGAGACUACAAAUUGAAAGCAGAUUCCUUACUACCAACGGCUUACAAAAGUCUUUAGACAAAGACAAUGGAUCGGUUAUAAGACUUGCUGGAUGUAAUCAUGUAAAACACUACCCACGGC